GGUAACAGCCGAGGCGCUUUACGGCGACGGCGGCUGAGUGUGAACCUUGGCGGCGGUGGAGGCGGCCGCGGCGGCGGAGGAGGCGGCGGCGGCGGCUGAGGAGGAAGAGGAGUGGCGGCAGUGGCGGCGGGGACCUGUGCGGGGAUGGCGGAGGUACCGCCUGGGCCUAGCAGCCUCCUCCCACCACCAGCACCUCCGGCCUCGGCGGCGGCCGAGCCCCGCUGUCCCUUCCCGGCGGGGGCCGCCCUCGCCUGCUGCAGCGAGGACGAGGAGGACGACGAGGAGCACGAAGGCGGCGGCGGCGGCGGCAGGAGCCCGGCGGGCGGCGAGGCGACGGCGGCGGCCAAGGGGCAUCCGUGCCUCCGCUGCCCUCAGCCGCCGCAGGAGCAGCAGCAGCUCAACGGAUUGAUCAGCCCCGAACUGCGGCACCUCCGGGCGGCCGCCUCUCUCAAGAGCAAGGUUUUGAGCGCGGCCGAGGCGGCCACGACCACGGCCACCCCCGACGGGGGGCCCAGAGCGACUGCAACAAAAGGAGCUGGGGUACACUCGGGCGAGAGCCCCCCUCACUGCCUCCCCAAUAAUGGAAGAACUGCGCUCCCCAGCCCGGCGGAGGCAGUGGCGGCGAGCGAUCCUGCGGCGGCCCGCAAUGGACUGGCGGAGGGCACGGAGCAGGAGGAGGAGGAAGAUGAGCAGGUGCGGCUGCUGUCUUCAUCCCUGACCGCCGGCUGCAGUUUAAGAAGCCCCUCAGGCCGGGAGGUUGAGCCUGGGGAGGAUCGGACGAUACGUUAUGUCCGAUAUGAAUCCGAGCUACAAAUGCCCGAUAUCAUGAGACUGAUCACCAAAGAUCUGUCUGAACCCUACUCCAUUUAUACCUAUAGAUAUUUUAUCCACAACUGGCCACAGCUGUGCUUCUUGGCCAUGGUAGGGGAGGAGUGUGUAGGUGCCAUCGUUUGCAAGUUGGAUAUGCACAAAAAGAUGUUCCGCAGAGGUUAUAUAGCCAUGUUAGCCGUGGAUUCCAAGUACAGGAGAAAUGGCAUUGGUACUAACUUGGUUAAGAAAGCUAUAUAUGCCAUGGUUGAAGGAGACUGUGAUGAGGUUGUUUUGGAAACAGAAAUAACGAAUAAGUCUGCUUUGAAACUUUAUGAAAAUCUUGGUUUUGUUCGAGAUAAGAGGCUGUUCAGAUACUAUUUAAAUGGAGUUGAUGCACUGCGACUUAAAUUGUGGCUGCGUUGAGAAACUGAUACCAAGGAACAACUUUCCAACCACACAGAAUCGACCUUUGCAUGCAAUGCAAUUUGUACAGAAUUGCUUUGCAGGUGGAUUUAGUAAUUUCCAUGCAGCUCUUACCUGUCAGUGUCUCAUUGAGUGUCGCACAAUAUUUGUUGCACUUUGGCAUGGCGCAUUUGUUCUGAAUUAAAAGAGAUUGUUUUACACUUAAAGAGUUCUUUUGGUACCAGCAAGAUGUGCCAGUUGAUAGCCAAGAUUUGUUUGUUCAUUUGCAAAGUCUGCUGACAAUGUUAUUUACACAGUGAUCAUUUUGUCACAGAACCAGUAAGUGGAACAUGAUUUUUGUUCCUAAAAAAGCCAAUGUAGAUUGUAAAAAUCUCUAAGUAUACUAACAUUUCACAUGAAACCUGCCAUAGUUUUCUGAAGGGGGUGGGGGAAAAGCUUCAAUUUUAGGUUUUAUUUUUUCAAUAUUAAAUUUUCCAUUCUUGGAUAUUGGUACCUCAGUGAUUAGUGAAUGAAAAAAAAUGUUAUGUAGGGUUGGGUGUGUCUUACAAUGAGUAAAGAUAACAAUUAAAUUGCGUCUGCCAGUGCCUGUGUAGAUAAGUAUAUUUGUCUUCAUCUCUAGUUUUUGAAUGCAUGCUCUCUUUUCCUUUUCUUUCAGGCCUUUGCAAGCAAACUUUUGUUUUUAUUUAAAUUCUAAAUUUGAUAAUAAAUUAUUUCAGAUUUUUAUAAUUUGGAUACUUUUUUCCAGGUGAGUGACAGAGUGUUUUACUGUAAAGUCCCUUCUUUCCUUACAGUAAGAAGUUGAAUCUACUUGGAAAAUCUUUGAGAAAUGACUCAAAAGGGAUGAGAAAAGUUGAUGGAGCCGGGAAUUGCUGGGUUUUGGAUGCACUUUUUUUUUUUUUUUUUUUUUUGAGAGUGAGGGAAUUUUUGGAAAAGAAUAGAAAAUUAAUGUAAAUCGGUAUGAUUUUAUUUAAUCAAAAUUAUUGCUAAGCUGUGAAGAACAGCUUUUACAAAGUAGCUGCAACUUUUUUCCCACUUAAUUUGGAUUCACAUUGCUUCCAUUUCUUAAAUUGUUUCACUUUUGGUUCUUGGUCUUGGAAAUAAAUUUGAAGGUUCAUUGUAUCCAUUUUAAACUGAUUUUAUUUUCUUUUCACUUAUUUAAGCAAAUUCUUGGGGAAGCUUUGCUUAGUUUCCAGAAAAACAAAAGGGAAAAUUGGAAUAUUUUUUUGGAGUGAGUUUUAUGGGUUUUCUUAAUAGUUAUCACCAUGUUCAGUUACAUUGUAUUUUGGUCAAUCUGUGCAGUGUAACAAAUUUAUAAGUUAAUUGCUUUCAACUGAGUCAGGAAACCUGUGAUGGAUAAUUUAACUGGAAAACCUAGGUACCCAUAAAAAAAAAAAAAAGAUUGAUUCUCUGUGAAAAAUGUUUUGUAGGAAUCUAUGUUGUUUUUUCUUUAAUUUGGAUAUGCUUUACUUCUGUUCUAGGAUUUGGUUUGAAUUUUAUUUUAUGGCUAUAAUUACUGUAUUUUUAAAAACCCUACCUCCAUUAACAGUUGGUAAAAGCCCCCUUUCAGGAAAGUUUGUUGCCUUUUUUUUUUUUUUUUUUUUUUUUUUUUUUUUUUUUUUUUUUUUUUUUUUUUUAAAAGGAAAGCUGCUCCUUGCUCAGUGCAGUGUCUUGAAAGUGAACAUGGUAACAAGUAUUUUAAAAAUAAAGAUACACAGAUUUGGUGAAAAUAAAAUCUUCCUGCUGGUGGGAUCAUUUAUAGUUCCUCAUUUUUAAAGUCAACUUUUUCUUUCAUUUUAUAUUGCUCUUGAAAGUUUAAUGGGUAGAGUACUGAUUGCGUUAAAAUAUAACGAUCACUCAAUACUCAGCUUUCCAGCUGACUGUUUUGAGUAUGUCUUUGAUCAAAUGUCAUUUGGGCUCUAGCAUUUAGAGGAAUGCCAAUCAUAGUGAUGCUUCUGUUAUUUUUGAUAUGGAGGGAACUGAACUAAAAGAGUUAUCAAAUUUUAUCUCACCACUUUAUAUUUGACUUGCUGAUUCAUCAGUAAUGAUUGUUGAUGAACAUACAUUUGCUUGACUCCCUAAUGGGGACGGUUCUAAAGUAGAUAGAUACAUGCUAGAUUUUCGUUUCAGCCAUUAUGUUUUGGCGAGUUGUCAAUGAAACCAUCUCUACUGACCUUUUCUCCCAGAAUUGACCAGGUUUCGCUGAACUGACUGGGUGUUUGUAAACGUGACCUUAACCAUGUGGCUAAAAAGUCAGAUGGUUGCCGUAUUGUUCAGCCUGGUGUAUGUUGAACAGAAAUGUCUACCUUAUGUCUUUAAUUGGGUAUACAAAAAUUGUUUACUUAAGUAGACUAAAAUUUUAAUGUCUAGCAUGAUAACCCAGCAUCAAAACUAAGUCUCCAUUCCAGUUGAAGCAGCAUCAAACAUUCAUUUACUUUUUGGUAUUGGGCUUUCAUCUUUCUUAUAUAAUCUUAAAACAAUCUCAUUUAAAACUGAUAGCGCGAGUUCACUUGGCUAAAACUGAGCAAGAUUGGUGCAACUUUCUUUUAACGGGGUGCUGCCUCUUAAAGACUGACUGUACUAUCCACUGACACUGGUUUGGCAGUUCGUACUGCUGAACAUUUUAUACAUGCUACCAUGAAGCUAUAUAUGUUAGUAUUGAAGAAGCUAACGGGUAUGCUACCAUUUUUUGAUGUGUGGACUGAUUGUAAUUUCCCUUACAUUAGGAUGAAACUACUCUAGGGGAGUCCACAGAUCAGAAACCAGACAGUAGUUUUUGAAGUUGAAGCCAACAAAAUUAAAAAAGUAAAAUUAUUAAAAAAUUGGUUUUUUACCCUCCCUACUUACUGAGUAAAUUGCCCUCCCUACUUGCUUGACAAAUCUGUGUAAAGGAGUUUGUUUGUCACAUGUUUUAACUUUACCUUGCCCUGUGUUACAGUAUUGGCUGACAUGUAUAAGACUGGAUGUGUAUAUUUAUUAUGGUGUCUAAAAAUCAUGAAGUUCAUCACUUUCCAGGAGCAUAGAUAAAAGCAAAUUGGUAGUGCAUCAGAGUUACUUUUCAGUGCACCAUGACAUCACUAAAAUGAGUGCUAUAAUGUUACAGGGCUUUCAGGUUUGUAAAAACAUAACCAUAAAUUAUAUUGACGUCAGAUAUGAGUUGAGUAUCUAUAAAAUAUCACGUGUAUUUCAAAAUAUUGGACUGCUGUUUGAUGACUGGAUAUUGCUGCAUAAUUUUCUUCUAUUGUCCCAUAUCCUUUUGGAGAGAGAGAUUUAAUGGGAUUUGAAAUGUGCAAGCUGUCUAAAUAAGAUGCAGUCAAAUAAAGUUGGUUAAGUUGUGUUUGCA